AUGGUGGCUAGAAAUUUAUCUACUGAUAUACAGGAUGAUUCAGUGAUUCAGACAUUGCUGACAGAUCUUUAUCAAAUUACUAUGUGCUAUGGAUACUGGAAAGCUGGGGUUCACGAGCAAAAUUGUGUGUUCGAUGUUUUUUUCCGGAAAAAUCCUUUUGGCGGAGAGUAUACUAUUUUUGCUGGAUUGGAAGACUGUUUACGUUUUCUCGACAAAUUUAAAUUUAAAAAAACGGAUGUCGAUUUUCUACGGAAAGUGCUUCCCAAUAAUAUCGACCCAGAGUUCUUUGAUUAUCUUCUUGGUCUGAAUGCAAAAGGAGUUAAAGUCUCUGCUUUGAAAGAAGGUAGUGUCGUUUUCCCCAGAGUACCGAUGAUAACUGUUGAGGGUCCGCUGGCUGUGUGUCAGAUUUUUGAAACUAUAUUUUUGAACCUUGUCAGUUUCGCGAGUCUCGUUACGACGAAUGCUUCACGCCUUAGAUACGUUGCGGGUGACAAGCAAAAGCUCUAUGAAUUUGGUUUACGACGGGCUCAAGGCCCAAAUGGAGCUUUAUCUGCCAGCAAAUAUUCUUAUGUGGGAGGUUUUGAUGGUACCAGCAAUGUUUUAGCUGGUGAACGUUUCAAUAUUCCUGUUUUUGGUACCCACGCACACUCCUUCAUAAGUGCCUUCAGCUCACCCAGCGAUUUGAAGGUGAGGAAAAUGAAAAAUGCAUCCGGGACGGAAGAGUAUGAUCUAUAUGAACUCGCAAAAACAAAGCUAGAAUUUCUCACCGGAAAGUUCUCUUGGGGUGUUUCGAACCAUGAAAUUUCAGCAGGAGAAUUGUGUGCUUUUUGUGCCUACGCAGUUGCUUUCCCAAGCUCCUUCCUUGUUCUGGUUGACACAUAUGAUGUUCUGAAAAGUGGCAUCAUUAAUUUUUGUGCAGUGACUCUGGCACUGUUUGAUCUUGGAUACCGUGCGAUCGGUAUUCGUAUUGAUAGUGGAGAUCUUUCUUAUCUGUCGCAACAGGUCCGCUCAAAGUUUAAGAUGGUGGCAGGCCUGGAUCCUCAGUACUCUUGGAUUUCUAAGUUGACCAUAUUUGCUUCAAACAGUGUAAAUGAAGAUACCAUAAGUUCAUUAAACGAGCAGCAUCAUGAGAUUGACGGCUUUGGAAUUGGGGGAAAUUUGGUCACUUGUUACAAGCAAUCGUCGCUCGGAUGCGUUUAUAAGCUUGUCACUCUGGAAGGAAAUCCAAAAAUUAAACUUAGUGAAGAUGUUGGAAAGAUUACUAUUCCUGGAAAGAAGCGUUGCUAUCGUUUAUAUGGAAGAACUGGUUUGGCUGUUUGUGACUUGAUGAUGUUGGACGAUGAGGAGCCUCCAAAGGAGCAUCAUCCCAUAUUAUGCAGACAUCCAUUUGUGGAGAGUAAACGUGCUGAGGUGGUACCCCAUAAAGUAGAAUGUCUGCAGCAAUAUUAUUACGGUGACGGCGAACUUCAUAUGCCUCUGCCCACAUUGGAGGAAAUUAGGAGACAUACAGCAGACUCACUACAAACGCUUCGCAGUGACCACAGGCGAUUGCUAAACCCAACGCCUUAUAAGGUGUCCCUUAGUGUCAAACUGUAUGCAUUCCUUCACAAUAUUUGGCUGGAGAAUGCGCCAAUUGGACGGCUGGAAUAA